CUUUAGUCUGUAAGUUAACACGGCGAGUGCGAUCGCAGGAAAGAGCCGAGAAAUCGUGAAGCGGUGCCCCAACCUAGAUGUUAACCAUUCGGCGGAUCGGCCCCGAAUGCGAGCAACUUCUGAGAUCGGUCCGCGACAGACCACAAAACCAGUGAGAGACCACAUAGCCAGCCAAUCCGCUCCAGUUCGCUCGAUCCAAUACAGUUUCUGUCUCUCGCCGCGAAAGCGGGAAGAAAGUGAAUUGAGUGGAGUAGAUCUGGGCGAUUACUUAAUCCGCGUUCGCCUCCACGACCAGGCAUCGAACGAACCCCGGGCUCCCAGUCCGAAUUCGAGGGCGCAAAUUAAUGGCCCAGGUGUAGAGACCCACCCCGCCCCUCCAGCGUUGACAGUUGGGCGGAGAAAAGCAUAGUAUUUGAAUAUUAAAAACUAGAUCCGAGCGAUACCACACAUUUCCCCAAAACAUUGAUAAUUUAGAAAGCGAAGCUGCAUACCAAAUAGGCCCCAGAUCUAGAGACACCCGAAAGUCCAACCUCCGCCGGUCAGUUGGCUUUCAGUUCCAGCUCGAGAUCGCAGGUUAUAGCAUACCACAGCCGACUGGCUUUCCCCGGUUUUCGGUUACGUGCAUCCGAGAGGUCUCGCCAAGUGCACUUGCAACUUUUACUGGUGUCUAAGAUUCGCGUGAAGAGUGCCAAUCGGUGAUCAUGAUCCGCCCCACACUUAUCGUAGUGCUCAUUUCACUGGCCAGUGUCGAUUCCGGCCACAACUCACCCGUGACCACCAUCCCGGUGGCCGAGCCCAUCAGCCAGGUGCCCCACGGCUUCCAGCUCGGCCAAGCCAAUCACAUCAGCAGCAGCAACAUUAGCCGGAGUGGAGGCGGAAAUGGCCGUGAUAAGAGAGGCGCCCAACUGGAUCCGAGCGAGAUUGCCCGCCAGAAUCAGAUAACCCAGCAGAUAUUCGCCAACUAUUUGGAGCGCCGGCUGUUUCCCAAUCGCACGGCCAACCAAAAGAUUCCCACCAUCGCGGACAUCCUGCCCAAGCCGAAGCCAUCGCCACGACCCCGUCCUCGAGGAUUCGCGGCCAGCGAUGGCGGAAACUUCAAGAGGAGCGGUGGCGGAGCUCAAAGGAACCGCCUGGCAGCUGCCGCCUCCAAGAGGCAGUCGGGCUACAAUCGCAAGCGACUGCGCGAGGAACAGGAGGAGGAGGAGGAGGCCGACGACCAGGAGCGGGAUCAGCAGCCGCUGGCCAACCAGGAGGACUUCGACUACGACGUGCAGGAGUCGCUGCAGAGCGUGGAGUCGGAGCAGCACGACCAGUACUAUGGGAACAUAUUCCAUCGCGAUCCCAGCGAGAACGAAGUCGAUAAUGACUGCCCCAACUGCGUGGACGAGUCGCAGUACACGCCGAACAAGUGGACGAUGCCGCUGCUGAAGCUCGGGGAGAAGCGCUACUACCUCGGCAUCUUCUUCAAGGCAAACUGGUUCAAAGCCACACAAUAUUGCCGGUACCACGGCAUGCAUCUGGCCAGCAUUUCAUCACAGGAAGAGAACGAUAGACUGGAGAAGCACAUACGUGACUUUGGCCUGGGCCACGAACAUUUCUGGAUUUCCGGCACGGACCUGGCCGACGAGGGCAACUUCUUCUGGAUGGCCACCGGCAGACCCAUCACGUUCACCAACUGGAACGCCGGGGAGCCCAACAAUUUCCGGUACGAGAACGGCGAGGAGGAGAACUGCCUGGAGCUGUGGAACCGCGAUGGCAAGGGCCUCAAGUGGAACGACUCGCCCUGCAGCUUCGAGACCUACUUCGUCUGCGAGGUGCAGCCGAACUAGAGGGCUCCUCCGUCCUCCGGCCAGCCGGAAUCCGUACCCACACCCGUACUCCACAUCCACAUGCGACUAAGUGAUUAGCUGGUUGGCUCCAACUGGCCUUAGCUGGCGAUUACUCCGGUGAACUUGAAUGUCCAUCUCGGACACUCACCGCUGACAGAUCUAAAUUCGCGUAUUCUUAGCUUAGCUGCGUAAGUGUAUAAAAUUCUUGUUGAUAAUUAGCUAGUAAACUAAUUAAAUUAUGCUAGGAUCGCUUGUAUUUUCUCAUGUAAAAUAUAAAUAAAAUGUAUCUUAAAAACUAGA